AUGGCCAAUUCAGAGAUAUUACAUCCUAAAGCCGUCGCAGUGAUCACAGGAGCUGGAUCCGGUAUUGGUCUAGCGGCAGCUUUGAAAUACGCUAAAUAUGGAAUGUCCUUGUACCUCGCCGAUAUUGAUGAAUCAUCUUUACAAUCUGCUAUCGGUAAAGUAAAAGCUGUUGAUGGGGUAGGAGAGGUGUUUGCAACAAAGACGGACGUUAGUAAGGUCGAGGACGUAGUGGAAUUGAGAGAUAAGGUAUUGGAAGAAUUUGGUGAGAUCCACAUCCUCAUGGCCAAUGCGGGAAUAUCCAAACCCACUCCAGCAUUCUCCCUCUCAACACCUUUAUCUGAACUGCAAUCGAAUUGGCAUCAAGUGUUACAUACGAAUUUCUUCGGAGUGUUGAAUGUCUGUCAGGCUUUUGCGCCCAUCAUGGCUAGACAGGAGAAUGCCAGUGCUGUCAUUGUCACGGGCAGUAAACAGGGAAUCACAUGUCCACCCGGUAAUGCAGGUUACAACGUCUCCAAAGCUGGUGUCAAGACAUUUACAGAGCAGCUCGCACACGAACUUCGAAACGUACCUGAUAGUAGAUGUUCAGCCCAUCUCUUCGUUCCUGGAUGGGUUCACACAGGAUUAACAGGAGCCAAAACCGGUGCACCCAAACCCUCUGGCGCAUGGACGCCCGAACAGACUGUCGAUUAUAUGGUCGAUAAAGUUUUUGAGGAAGGUGAUUUCUAUGUGAUUUGUCCAGAUAACGAGACGAAUAAUGCCCUUGACAAAGCUAGAAUCCAAUGGAACUUGGAUGAUAUCCUUCAAAAUAGACCCGCUUUAUCCAGAUGGCACCCUAAUUACCAAGCUAGAUUUGACGAUUUCAUAGCUGCCAAACAAGGAUUAUCAGCCGGGGCAAGAAGUCGAUCAAGAGGUAGAAGAGCUUUGGGCUCUCAGGAUUCUGGGUUCCCCACUGAGGCCGAUAUCUCAAGAUUCUAG